CCUCAAAUGAAGUAGCUGCUGCUGCUGCUCAAUACAUGUUAUCCGUUUCUGCCAAUUUGAGAGAAGAUAACAAGCAAUAAACAAAAGGAAACACAGAAGAAGAAGACAAUGGCAACAACAGCAAUAGGGGUAGGGGUUGGGGUUGGAGGAGGAGUGUUGCUUGGAAACAGUAUAUGCUUCCGCAAAACACAGCAGCUUUCUAUUUCGAAGACUAGUCUGGUUUCGGUUUCAGAGAUAGGGUUUGUUACUUCCCAGUUGAGUGGCAUCAGAAUUUCCUACAACCCACCAAAACCACUCUCCGCUCCUUUCUCUCCCGCUCUCCAACCUGUCAUCGCCCGUAGAAUUUGUCCCUUCACCGGGAAGAAAGCAAACAGGGCAAACAAAGUUUCCUUUUCAAACCACAAGACCAAGAAGUUGCAGUUUGUCAACUUGCAGUACAAGAGGGUGUGGUGGGAAGCUGGCAAACGCUAUGUCAAGCUGCGAUUGUCGACCAAAGCGUUAAAGACUAUAGAAAAGAACGGACUGGAUGCUGUUGCUAAGAAGGCUGGCAUAGAUCUUCGCAAAAAGUAAUAAAUUGGGCCUUAUGGUUUUGUUUCCAGUUGAUGGUAUAUUUUGGUUUUCUGUUAUUCAUCCCCUGUCUUGUUGAAUUCUUCCCUGAAAUCAGUGAUAUCAUCUUUACAUCUCACAA